GGUGGGGGGGGGGGGAGAGAGAGACAGGCCGCCAUGGAGCAGUGAGGCGCCCCGCAGCGAGGAACAGCUUCCUUCACCUGAAGGAGUCUGGAACAAAGAGCUGCGAGAUGACGGAAAGUGCGGCUACGCGUCACAGAGCGGCCACGGUGGAGCACUAAAAAGCGGCCAUGUUGCUGAGUGGUGCCGGUGAUGCUCUGGGAUACAGGAAGCAGCUGUGGGAGCUCAAUGAGUCGGGACCAGCUAUCCAUCAGGAGCUGAGAGAGCUCGGCGGUCUGAAGAGCAUCAAGGCCGAGCUCCCCGACUGGCCGGUGGGCGCCGACACGGUUCUGCACCUGGCGACGGCUGAAGGACUCGCCACCGGGAAGGCGGGGGAGGAGCUCCUGCACGAGGUGGCCGCCCGAUACGUGGAGGGCAUGAAGGACAUGGCCGGGAGGAGGCCGGGGCCUUCGAGCAUUUCGGGAGUGUCCCAGCUGAAGCCCGGAGAGGAAGAAGGCUUCAGAGUUCCCUACAGUGCGGAGGGGACGGGCUGCGGAGCGGCCAGGCGGUCCAUGUGCAUCGGGCUCAGGUACCCGAAGCCCGACCAGCUGCUGUCGUUGGUGGCUGUUGCCGUGGAGACGGGCAGGAUGACCCACCCUCACCCCACCGGGUUCCUGGGGGCCGUGGCGUCCGCCCUGUUCACGGCGUACGCCGUGCAGCGCAGGCCGAUCACGACGUGGGGCCUGGGCCUGCUGAGCGAGGCCUGUCCGAUAGCCCGGAGCUUCGUCCGCGGCCGAGGCUUCGCCGCCGAGGAGGCUGAGAGAGACUGGGACUUCUUCUGUGACCAGUGGCAGCGGUACCUGGAUUCGAGGGGCCUCUCCUACGGGGUGGGGCCCGUGAGUUGGCCCCCCACCUACGGCCCGGGGGAGAGAGACGAGGCCUACAAGGGCUUCGGCCCCUCGGGCCGGGCGGGACGCGGCGGCCACAACGCCCCGAUGAUCGCCCUGGAUGCGCUGCUGGGGGCGGGGGCAGACUGGGAGGAGCUGAUGAGCCGAGCGGGCUUCCACGGAGGCGACGGCUGCGCGGCGAUCGCCUGCUGCUGCUGGGGUCUCCUCUACGGCGCCGCAGGGGUCCCCGACGGCAACCACUCCAACCUGGAGUACCGAGACCGGCUGGAGCGCAGCGCGGAGGAACUCUACGCCCUGUCGCGCUGAGGAACCAGGCAGCGCUCCGAUGCCUGGCCGAGGCCCGGGUUCCUGGAGGGGGGGUGGGGGGGGCCACUGAAGUGCGGCGUCACACUGUGCGAGUGCCCCACUGACCCAGAGAAGAGCCUCUGCUGCAUGAAGAGGGUUCCCCCUAGUGACCGGUUUAACUUCAUACGCAGAAUUGCACCGAGUGGAACAAAUUCCAGCUAAUGAGGAUGGGGAAAAUAAUCCUAGAAUCCCCCCCGGGACGGAAUCACUUGAUUUACUUUUCAGCUUGACAUGACGGCACAUUUUAAUGAGCUUCUAAUGGAAUGUGUUCUUGUUAUCCUGUGAUGAAAAACAUCCUUCUGUGUCUCGUUGCGGAUGUUGAGCGGCUUCAUGCGCAGCAGAGCAAAACUGUACCGGCAACACAUGAACAAUAAAUUCAAACAGCUUGGAAGUUAAGUUGAAAACUUUAUUUUUUUGGCCAUUGUAGUUUUGAUAUUUUUUUUGUCUUGUCCAUUUUUUUUUUAAUUGUAUUUGCCUAGAGGUGGUUUUAACUACUGGAUCUGGUUUAUAUUUUAAAA